GCGGUGCCGCCCUUUGGACCUCAGGGUUCCCCAGGGCAGAGCGCCCCGCAGUCCUUGGUGGGAAGCGUCCCGGGCAGGUGAUGGCUGCGACGCGUGUGGAGUCCCGCACUCGAGAGAUCUUCUCCACGAUGGAGUACGGACCGGUGCCCGAGAGCCACGCAUGCGCACUGGCCUGGCUGGAGACCCAGGACCGGUGCUUGGGUCACUAUGUAAGUGGGAAGUGGGUGAAGCCGGAACACAGGAGUUCUGUGCCUUGCCAGGAUCCCAUCUCAGGAGAGAGCUUGGCCACAUGCCUCCAGGCACAGGCUGAGGACGUGGCCACCGCUGUGGAGGCAGCCCGGACCGUGCUGCAGGACUGGAGCCGACUCCCUGGAGCCUCCCGGGCCCAGUACCUGACCAGGUUGGCCAAGGUAAUCCAGAAGCACCAGCGACUGCUGUGGACCCUGGAGUCCCUGGUCUCUGGGCGAGCCGUCCGGGAGGUGCGCGACAGGGACGUGCCCCUGGCCCAGCAGCUGCUCCAGCACUAUGCAGUGCAGGCGCACAGCCAGGAGGAGGCGCUGGCGGGCUGGGAGCCCAUGGGGGUAAUUGGACUCAUCUUGCCACCCACUUUCUCCUUCCUUGAGAUGAUGUGGAGAAUUUGCCCUGCCCUGGCUGUGGGCUGCACCGUGGUGGUCGUCACUCCCCCGGCCUGCCCGACACCCCUCCUCCUGGCCCAGCUGGCUGGGGAGCUAGACCCGUUCCCAGGAAUCCUCAACGUGGUCAGUGGCCCUGCCUACCUGGGCCCGGUCCUGGCCUCCCAGCCUGGAGUCCAGAAGGUCACCUUCUGUGGAGCCGUCGAGGAAGGACGCGCCCUUCGGCGGGCCCUCGCCGGCCAGGGUGUCCAGCUGGGCCUGGCCCUGGGCACCGAGUCACUGCUGCUGCUGAUGGAGGCGGCGGACGUGGACUCGGCCGUGGAGGGCGUGGUCGACGCAGCCUGGUCUGACCGCAGCCCGGGGGGCCUCAGGCUCUUCAUCCAGGAGUCUGUGUGGGACGACACAAUGAGGCGGCUCCAGGCACGGAUGGGACAGCUUCGGGGUGGCCGAGCGCUGGACGGGGCCGUGGACAUGGGGGCCCGAGGGGCUGGCGCUCAAGACCUGGCCCAGCGCUUUGUGCGUGAAGCCCAGAGCCAGGGCGCGCAGGUGUUCCAGGCUGGCCACGUGCCCUCGGACAGCCCCUUUUUCCCCCCAACCUUGAUCUCUGAGCUGCCCCCAGCCUCCCCUUGUGCCCAGGCAGAGGUGCCGUGGCCGGUGGUGGUCGCCUCCCCGUUCCGCACCGCCAAGGAGGCCCUGGCUGUGGCCAACGGGACGCCCCGAGGCGGCAGCGCCAGCGUGUGGAGCGAGCGGCUGGGGCAGGCCCUGGAGCUGGGCUACGGGCUCCGGGUGGGCACAGUCUGGAUCAACGCCCAUGGCCUCAGCGACCCUGCAGUGCCGACCGGGGGCUGCAAGGAGAGUGGCUCUUCCUGGCACGGGGGCCCAGACGGUCUGUACGAGUUUCUCCAGCCCUCCGGGACCCCAGCGCGGAUGCCCUAUUUCUCUGAGAGUCUCAGCUACGAGGCCUUUGGCCUGGCCACGCCCUCCACCUUACCGGCGGGGCCUGAAUGUGGGCCCAGCCCAGCACCCCCAUAUGGGCUCUUCGUGGGGGGCCGCUUCCAGGCACCAGGGUCCCGGAGCUCCAGGCCCAUCCAGGAUUCAUCUGGCAGUCUCCGUGGCUACGUGGCUGAGGGUGGAGCCAAGGACAUCCGAGGUGCUGUGGAGGCCGCCCACAAGGCCGCCCCUGGCUGGGCGAGCCGAUCUCCAGGGGCCCGGGCGUCCGUGCUGUGGGCCCUGGCGGCCGCCGUGGAGCGCCGGGUGACCACGCUGGCCUCGAGACUGGAGAGCCACGGCGUGGAGCCCAAGGCCGCCAGGGCGGAGGUGGAGCUGAGUGUGAGGCGGCUGCGCGCGUGGGGAGCCCGUGUCCAGGCCCAGGGCCACACCCUACAGGUGGCGGAGCUGAGGGGCCCAGUGCUCCGGCUGCGGGAGCCGCUGGGCGUGCUGGCUAUCGUGUGCCCAGACCAGAGCCCCCUGCUGGCCUGCGUGUCCCUGCUGGCCCCUGCCCUGGCCCACGGCAACGCUGUGGUCUUGGUGCCCAGCGGGGUCUGCCCCUUUCCCGCCUUGGAGGUCUGCCAGGAUGUGGCCGCUCUGUUGCCUGCCGGCCUGGUGAACGUAGUAACUGGAGACCGGGACCACCUGACGCGCUGCCUGGCCCUGCACCAGGACGUCCAGGCCCUGUGGUAUUUUGGAUCUGCCCAGGGCUCCCAGUUUGUGGAGUGGGCCUCUGCAGGGAACCUGAAGCCCGUGUGGGUGAACGGGGGCGGCCUGCGGGCCUGGGAGCAGGAGGCCCAGGGGGCAGGCCCAGAGCUGGAGCUGCGGGCGGCUCGGACCAAGGCCCUGUGGCUGCCCAUGGAGACCGAGACCUGAGUGUCGCCACUGCCUCUCGGAUGGAGGAGAGAUGGACCUCCACCCAGACGCCUGGAACUUUCCUUCUGUAUUCCCCUGUGCCCUGCAAUAAACUCUGACUG